AUGCCGACAAGAUAUUUAUUCCUAGUAAUAUUUCUUUAUCUAUCUAUCUAUCUAUCUAUCUCAAUUUUUAUUCCUGGUAAUAUUUUUUUAUCUAUCUAUCUAUCUAUCUAUCUAUCUAUCUAUCUAUCUAUCUAUCUAUCUAUCUCAAACGAUCUAUCUAUCUAUCUAUCUCAUUAUAUUCAGAACGAUCUAUCUAUCUAUCCUUCUCAUUUUUUCAGAACCAUCUAUCUAUCUGAUUUUGUUCAGAAUGAUCUAUCUAUCUAUCUACCUAUCUAUCUAUCUAUUUCAUUUUGUUCAGAACGAUCUAUCUAUCUAUCUAUCUAUCUAUCUAUCUAUCUAUCUAUCUAUCUAUCUAUCUCAUUAUAUUCAGAACGAUCUAUCUAUCUAUCUAUCUAUCUAUCUAUCUAUCUAUCUAUCUAUCUAUCCUUCUCAUUUUUUCAGAACCAUCUAUCUAUCUCAUUUUCUAUCCUCAUUUUUUCAGAACGAUCUCUCUCUCUCUCCCUCUCUCUAUCUAUCUAUCUCAUUUUGUCCAGAAUGAUCUAUCUAUCUAUCUAUCUAUCUAUCUAUCUAUCUAUCUAUCUAUCUAUCUAUCUAUCUAAUCACACUCGCUUUAUAUCUAUCUAUCUAUAA